UUAAUGCCAUGCACGUGUGCAAUGCAGGGAGGGAUGGGCGAAGGACGAAGGACCCUCGAUUGCAGACUUCAGACUGCAAACUGCACAUGGCGCACUGCCUCGAAUUUUCAUAAAUAAAUUGAUUUGCUCCAGCUGGUGUAAUUGUGGCUAACUGCGGUUAGCAUUAAUGACUGUCAAUUGCCACUUACCUUAUUAGCUGAAAUGGAUGCGUAAACUUUACUCAGCACAUGGCUUUAAUUAGAAACUGCAAUUGCAGAAAUGCUUCGAAUUCUUAGAAUAUUCUUUUGUAAAAUUUAAAAAAUUAUUUUAACUAUUUUCUGGCCUCUUUGAAGAAAAUCUGUUCACUGUUUGCUUUAAAUAUUACCGAUGCACAGAAUUGGACAAAUGGUAGUUAGAAUAUCUAUGAAAUUCAAGAUGUUUAUUAAGAAGAGAAGAAUUUUUAUUUUUUGAUAUCAUAUUAAUAAGGGAAAUUUCUAACUGUGAAAUUUCAACUAGAAAACAAUUUCAAUUGACAAUCCAUCACACAUACGCAGCGUUGACAUGCUGAAAAUAAGAAGUGAUAGAUAAUAGAAAAGUAAAAAAUGUAAUUUAAGGAAAUUAAAAUCCAAGCUAUUUAAGCAAUUAUAAGGGUUAAGAAGCACAAAAACCUUCGGGAAAUUCUUCUCUAGUCGCUUAUUUCGCAAUCAGUAGUAAUAAUUUUGACAAAUUCCAACUAAAAGUCGUUUCAUUCCCUCUUCACAACCUCCCCCUGUUUUCUAAAAAUUCCCGCUGUACAUUACGCAUCCGCAACGUUGGCCGGCUGGCAUUGAAAAACUGCAUUCUGCAUACUGCAUUCGCAGGAACAACAGCAACAGCAGCAAACGGAAAAAAAAAAAACAAAAAAAAAUAAGUCGUAUUCACCAAUUCACAUUCGCGGCAGACGGUGCGCAUGCCAGGGAAAUUUUAACAGAGGGGAAAUUCUUGUGCCGCAGCAAGGGCUUAACAGAAACUGUGCGAGUUUCAGUUGGCGAACAGCGGAUGGAACAGCAUUCUUGGCAGGAUGCGAGAAUGCCAACAUGAAACAGUAUGAAACAGGACUCAGCGCUGACGGCACGCGUUUCGCUUUGAGAGAGAGAGUUCCCAAAAGCCAAAAUCACAGAAAGCAGCAGCAAAAAACGCGCUAAAGUCGCCAGUUGUCGUUGUCGUCGUCGAAAGUUGAAAGUCGGUUGUCGGUUGCCGUUGUUUCUUGUUUCUUGUUCUUGCUGCCGUUGCAGUCGUCGCCGUCGUCGUCGUCGGUUGUGUUGUCGUCGUCGUUUUGUUGUUGGAUAAUUUUUUCGUUGUUGUAGCUAUUGUUGUUGUUGCCGCCGUCCCGCCGCCUCUGCCGCCCCGCCCCCUUCUCGUCUGUCUGUCUGCGUGAGCGUGUGUGCUGGUGUGUUGUGUCUGUGUCGCGCAUGUGACCGCCUCAGCUAAUAUAACUUAAAAAAACCAAGGCUAAAACUUCUAAACAAAUAUUCGAAAAUUCCGAAUGAAAAAAGGUGUGCUUGUAAGCCGAAGGAACCGAAUGCAAAUUGAAAACUAAAGUUUGAGGAAACCUAAAACAAAAACAAGGAAGCGAACCCGUGUCCGUGUGAAGAGGACCACGUGGGCCAGUGUGCGUGUGCCGAGAAGGUGUGUGUGUGUGGAUGAGGGGACACCACUACAGCAGCAGGCGAAAUACUUUUUGUGCCAAGGAUCUCUCCCUAACUAUAUCCCUUCGCGCUAUCUCUACUCUUCGCAGAAUAAAGGACGAAAUGGAGAUGGAGGAAUCGCAGGAAUGAAAAAAUGUAAAGCAAAGAAAGGACAACGAGGACAACAAAGAGCAAAACAAAGGCGAAAGAACUGGGAGGAGGCCACAAGAAACCGAAAUGAAACACACAUUUGAAGAAUUUUAAUCGAAAACUGCCAAGAAACAAAUAUAUUUACAAAUAUAUUUAUAUACCUAGUAAACCAAAAAAUGAACAUACAUUAACAUAUAUAUAUAUACAUAGAUAUAUAUUAUAUAGAGCAAUAUGUUAUAUUUACUAUGAAAUCGAGGAGGAGCAUAGACGCAACACUCAGAAUAAUAAUCGAUGUAAAUAAAUGCUGCCAAUUCGAGGACACUGCGAAUUAAAACUGCAACUGAGAUGCAUGAAACGCACAACAACAAUAAGCCAAAUCCACAUGAACAACACGUGAAGAGAAAGUUCACAUUUGCCGCAACAGCUGCGCCUGCGCCCUAAAAAACAAAAAUAUCAAAUUUGAUAGUCAGAUUGUGGCCGCCAUACCAGAAUAUUAUAUAUAUAUAUAUAUAUAUUUCCUGAAUAUAUAUAUAUAUGCGAUUGGGAAGAUCCAGCACCGCAGCACAGGCAACAAAAAAAAGCGUGCAGAGGGAAAUGAGAUGAAGUGGUUUCAAGUGACCAUAGAUAUGAUUCUUGUGCUUUCAUUUAUAUCAAGCAGCACAGCGAAUCCGGAUGCGAAACGAUUGUACGACGAUUUGCUGAGCAACUACAACAAACUGGUUAGGCCGGUGGUUAAUGUGACGGACGCCCUCACCGUUCGCAUUAAGCUGAAGCUAUCGCAACUGAUCGAUGUCAACCUGAAGAACCAGAUCAUGACCACCAAUCUGUGGGUGGAGCAGUCCUGGUACGACUACAAACUCAAGUGGGAGCCCAAAGAAUAUGGCGGUGUCGAGAUGCUCCACGUGCCCUCCGAUCACAUCUGGCGUCCGGACAUUGUCCUCUAUAACAACGCUGACGGCAACUUCGAGGUGACACUGGCCACCAAGGCUACGCUGAAUUACACGGGACGCGUCGAGUGGCGACCGCCGGCCAUUUACAAGAGCUCCUGCGAAAUCGACGUGGAGUACUUCCCCUUCGACGAGCAGACCUGCGUGAUGAAGUUCGGCAGCUGGACCUACGAUGGCUUUCAGGUGGAUCUGCGACACAUCGACGAGCUGAACGGCACCAAUGUCGUGGAGGUAGGCGUGGAUCUGUCCGAGUUCUACACGUCGGUCGAAUGGGAUAUCCUCGAAGUUCCUGCAGUGCGAAAUGAGAAGUUUUAUACGUGCUGCGAUGAGCCAUAUCUGGACAUCACCUUCAACAUCACAAUGCGCCGCAAGACCCUUUUCUACACGGUCAACCUGAUCAUUCCCUGCAUGGGCAUCAGUUUCCUCACCAUCCUUGUAUUCUACCUGCCGUCGGACAGUGGUGAGAAGGUCUCAUUAAGCAUAUCCAUUCUGCUGUCGCUCACUGUGUUCUUCCUGCUGCUGGCGGAAAUCAUUCCGCCCACAUCGCUGGUGGUGCCACUGCUAGGAAAGUUCGUGCUCUUCACCAUGAUACUGGAUACCUUCAGCAUCUGUGUGACGGUGUUAGUGCUGAACAUCCACUUCCGGUCGCCGCAGACGCACACGAUGGCUCCUUGGGUGCGGACCGUGUUUAUUAACCAGCUGCCCCGCUUCCUGGUCAUGCGGCGUCCGCUCUAUCCGAUCAGCGAGAUGAUAAAAUCCUCGCGGCGGCUCAUGGUGCGCACAUGCAACGGACUCGAACUGAGGGAUCAAAUACCACCGCUGCCACCGCCGGUGGCCUUGUCUCGCAUGCACCACAGCCCAAAGACGACAUCGCGUAGCACUUCGCCACAUUUUCAGCACCGUGCGCAGACCUACAACCUGAUGGAUGAGUGUGGCAUGGGUAUGGGCGGUGGCGGUGCCUCCACCAUUACCGGCCACUUGAGCUCCUUGUAUCCGCCGACCAUGUCGACGGCCAACCAGCAGACCUCGACAACAUCAUCGCUGAUCGACGCCCAGUACCACAAUCAGUAUCAGCAGACGGGUGGCUCGCUGCUAGACCAUCCGCUAACGCCCACCAAGUUCCGUCAGAUGACCUCGACCUCCAGCCAGACGGGUCAGAAUGGAAGCGGGAAUGGCGGUGGUGGCUAUGGUGGUCAUGGCCAAAGUGGCAGCGGAGGAGGUCACCUCUAUCGGCAGCAAUCGAGCUGCUCGGCGAACUUUUCGCCACUGCCGCAGCAUGCACACCAGGCGCACGCCUCCACCACCACCAGCGAUCUGGGCAUGGCCAAUCCGAAUGUGAUAAAGUCAACGACGACGGUUAACUCGGUGGCCACCGCAUCGACGCUGGCGGACUCCUGCUGCAGCGGCACUAUCCAGAUCCAUCAGGGCAUGGGCGCCGGGGCCGCUUGCCAGUCAUCGGAGCUCCUGCACCACCAGCAGUUGCACCACCAGCAGAUGCACCACCAACAACAGCAGCAUCAUCACCAGCGACCCACCACCUCAGCGGCAGCGGCAGCAGCAGCGGCAGCCGCCGGCGGACCCAGCACCUCGGCAGCGGCAGCAGCAGCGGCGGCGGCAGCGGCGGCCGGAACGCCACCCCCACCGCCUCCACCGGCGGGCGUCUGUGAUAUUCUGCCCGCCUGCCAGCGCGAGGGCGGACCGCACUGCUGCUCGGGGCGUGGCAAUGUACGCCAACGGUGGCACACCUGCCCGGAACUUCACAAGGCCAUGGACGGGGUCACCUACAUAGCCGAACAGACGCGCAAGGAGGAGGAGAGCACAAGGGUGAAAGAGGACUGGAAGUACGUGGCCAUGGUGCUGGAUCGUCUGUUCCUGUGGAUCUUCACAAUAGCCGUUGUCGUCGGAACCGCCGGCAUUAUCCUGCAGGCUCCGACGCUCUACGACACCCGGAUGCCCAUCGAUAUUAAGCUCUCGGAGAUCGCCUCGACGACGGCCAAGCCCAAUGUGGCCAGGCCCGUGUUGUAAGCGGAUC